GCAUAUUUGUGUAAACAGCUGAUUACUUAUCACAAUUUUAGUUGACAGUUUACCUAUUUAAUUCGCAACAAGUGCAAUUUUAAUACUAUCAGCUAAAAAUGUUGCGUACAUUAUAUACAUCAUUAGCAAAGAGUACAAAUUUAACUGCUGCUGCAAUGGCUCCACUGCUCGGGGGAAGCAAUCGUAAUCAAAGUACAAUCAUUAAACAAAGUGAUGGUGUACGUGAGAUCAUAUUAAAUGAUCCCAGAGCACGCAACACACUUUCCCGUGAAGUGAUGGCAAGCAUCCUCGAAGGCAUUACAAAGGAUGCACAUGAUGAAGAGCUACGUUGCAUAGUGAUUAGCUCCACCGGUCCAGUUUGGUCGGCGGGACAUAACUUGAAAGAAAUUUCAGCCUCUACUGAUGGCGGUUGUGAGAUCUUUAGCCAGCUUGUGGAAAUCAUAAUGAACAUAUACAAAUCUCCAGUGCCGAUAAUAGCGAAAGUAAAUGGCAUGGCUACUGCUGCUGGCCUACAGUUGGCAGCCUCAUGUGAUAUGGUCGUGGCAUCAGAUAAAGCAAGCUUUGCUGCUUCAGGCAUUAACUUAGGCAUAUUCUGCACGACACCUGGCAUUGCGAUAUCACGUAUUAUGCCGCGUAUGCGGUCUUCUUACCUGUUGUUUACUGGUUUCCCGAUGAAGGCACCAGAUGCUUUAGCGGCAGGCUUGGCCAGCAUUGUUGUACCCGAGGCAGAACUAGAUGCAGAAACUGACAAAAUAACAAAAUCAAUAAAAGAGAAGAGUCGCGCAGUGAUAGCCAUGGGUAAAGUUUUCUAUUACAAACAAUUGGAAAUGGGCAUUAAGGAAGCCUACGAACAAGGCACAAAUGUAAUGGUUGAAAACAUACGCAUGGAUGAUGCACAGGAGGGUUUGAAAAGUUUUGCUGAAAAGCGUAAGCCCAAUUGGUCAAAAUUGUGAAUAUGUAGCUGUUGUUGACUUUAGAAACAAACUUAAUAAUAAGCUCAAUGAAAGGAUCGGGCUGCUAUUCAAAUGCAUUUAUUUUUCAUAUGUUAAUUUUUGUUU